AUGCGAACAACCAAGGUGACGGCGGCUGCUGUGACCGUUCUCGGCCUGGGUGGAGAUUUGUUUAAAGAUUCUUAUCAAGCUGCAGGAGAGUGGGACAACUUCCGUGCUUCACUGCGAGCUCCCUUGGAGUACCUUAUGACCGUCUAUACAAAUACCACACUAAUAUACAAGGGUCAAGAUGAAGCUUACGUUCGGGGACUCUGGAAUCGCCCGUCUGACGUGAAGGUCAGGACAUAUUUUCCUUUGGGCCUAAACACACUGGACCCAAGUGUGGGUGGGGCAGACAUUGCGGCAGAAGUUUCAGCUGCACUAGCGGUUGGAGCUAAAGUUUUCGAAGAUGACGGGGCUUUCGCCCUAAACCUGACAGUGAAUGCCGUAGAGAUGUAUUUCCUAUCAAUGUCGCUGAAUGGCUCAUACAACGACACCGACAGCCUCUACUAUUCUGAGGGCGAUUCCCCAGAUGACGAAAGAUGCGUGGCUACCUGGUUAUUGUACGACUUGACGAAGGGCGAGGAGUUCCACUUUGACGGGAUGAGCUAUAUGGGGCACGAUUUUGGUCGGGAGGAUUACAUACUCACGUGGAGCGACAGAUAUCCGCUCUGUGAGGCGCUGCUUUACAAAAAUACCGGGAACUCAUCUUACUUGAAAAAGCUACAACGGGGAAUGGAGUUUUGGCAAGGUGACACUAAACAGGUGACAUCGACCCCGGAUGGACUGGUUUGGUACAAAGAACAACCAUUAGAAUAUGCCGGAAAUGCUGCCUUCCUCGCUAUGUUUCUGGCCGAACUUGGUGUCAGCGAUAGCAGCUUGCGCGAGUUUGCACGGAAUCAGAUCAACUAUAUGCUGGGAUCCAACACAGCUGGGAUGAGUUACCAGGUUGGCUUUGGAGAAGCCUUUCCUCUCCGACCUCACCAUGCAGCAAGCUCCUGUUCCUCAUACCAACGUGUUUGCAACUGGAAAGGAUACAACUCGAUUUAUCCAAACCCAAACCAGCUCACAGGAGCUCUAGUAGGUGGCCCAGACAAAUCUGACUUCUUCGAGGACGUGCGAUCGAGUGUCAACAUGACGAGAGUGUCUGUGCUAGCCAAUGCUGGGUUUCAGUCUACACUUGCAGGAUUAUUCAAGUACUUCCCAACAACAACCUUUGCGCGGGCACCACGUAUAAACGAUGUCUUUAAUAUGAACAAGAAGGGUCUUGCCCGAGGCUUUGAUUAUGAGGCUACGACGAUAACAUCAUCGACACCUACAACCCCUUCUGAAUUCCUUGAUAAGGGCUUUGGAAUAACAUCAUCGACCCCUUCAUACCCUUCUGAAUUCCCUGACAAUGGCGUUGGAAGUGAAAAAAUGUUGCCGAAUAGUAAGGACACCGAGGAAUUAGUAGAAACUUUUCAAGAUGAUAACUCGGUACUUGGGAUGAUAGAUGGGGCAGUUUGUUCAAACUUGUCAGUUCUUCUGCUGCUUUCAACGUUCGUUGUCCAAGUGGUGUGCCUACAAGGGUGA